AUGGAACAGCCUAAGCAACAACGCACACUACGACUCAAAGACAUUGAAAAAACGGACCUAUCAUCAGCAGCAACGCCCUCUUCUGUUGCUGCAACUCUUUUAUCCGACUCCUUGUUCCCACCCAGAAAACCCAAAGCAGCAGCAGCCAAGGACGAAUCAGCACUUGACAAUGACGCAGCUGGUGACAAUGAAAAGAACGACCCAUUGGCAACUCAAGUAUGGCGAUUGUAUACCAAAGCAAAGGACACUCUACCCAAUGCAUCUCGCAUGGAGAAUCUGACUUGGCGUAUGAUGGCCAUGACACUCAACAAGAAUCGUUCAAGGUCGUCUACACCUUCUACACCUUCGAGUGAAACCACAGCACCCACGGAUAUGGAUUCUCCUGCUGCUGCUGCUGCUGCUGCUGCUGCUGCUGCUGCUACGACGACUAGCAACAACAACAACAACAACAACAACGACAUGUCGAUUGAUGCCAUAGGAUCUUCACCUCCACCAGCAGAUGAUACAUCUCAAUUACUAUCCUCUUCUGCACCACCUUACAUGAUUGAUUUCUUAAGUGGGGGUCCUCCGUUUCAACGUUCUGCAAGUCCUGGCAUUGCUACCAAUACCCAUCGUCAACAUCGACAAUCAUCAUCCACUAAUCACCCACGUAACAAGAGCGUAUUUGUUUAUGGAUCGACACGUGCUACAUCAUCGUCAUCAUCCACAUCUUCACCCACCUAUUCUUCUCCACAACCAGCUCAUGUAUCCGUUGCCGAGACAACCCCAAUGAGCAACCCGUACUUUCCCGCAGUGAAUGGUACCAGCAGCAUCACUAUACCCGUCGACAUGCCUGCAGAUGACUCUGAUAUGGACCAAGAUGAUAUGGAUCCUAUUUCUCCACUCUCAAUGCCUUCCCCUUUUAAUCGUAACUCGGUGGAUUCAACUAGCAACAACAGUGGUGGUGGUCAUCAGCAUCAUGCAUCUUCGUUCCUGAGCCAUUCAUUUCCAACCCAGGUUCAAUCGUUACAACAGGGGCGAGGUGUCAAUCCCAUGUUUCACUCUGCUGCUACCCAUCGCAAUAGUACAAGUGCUAUCAACACCAAUACCAAUACCACGGCCACGCAGGCGCGGUCACCCUCUUCUAUGUACAUUCCUUCGUCUUCUACACCCCUUGAUUCAUCCAAUACAUCUCCACCACCACCAUCAUCAUCAACAAAUCAUCGGCCUGCGUCAAUAGGAGGAGGAGGAGGAGGUGGUGGUGGUGGUGUUCGAGCCAAUCCCGGUGCUAUGAGCUUUGAGGAAUUACUUGCCAUGUAUUAUUCUGGUGCCAAUGCAGCAACUCUUGGUACAUCUCCACCCAACAUUGAACCCAACAUGUUAUCCUCAUUGCUACAAGCUAGUCAAAGUGCCAACUUACCACUUGCUCAUAUGACUCAAGGACAAUUGGUUGCUGCUAUGGGAGGUCAUCAUGGUGGAUCAUCAGCUACUGGUAUUCAUCCACUCCAACAUUCUAUACCACAACCCAUUGCACCCCAAACCACUACUAUUACUUCUACUUCUUCUACUACUACUACUACUACACCGCCAUCUUCCUCAUCCUCCAACAACAAUGCAUCGACACCCACCACUACAAACAAUAACUCACCUCGCAUCAGCAAUAAACCAUCAUCGAGCGGGAGCAGUAGCAAGAAAUCGGAUGAUUCUAAAAAAGACGGCGGGACUACUACCAAAUGCGCCAAUUGCAGUACAACCACUACACCAUUGUGGCGUCGUGAUCCAGAAGGGCAACCUUUGUGUAAUGCAUGUGGAUUAUUCCUCAAAUUGCAUGGUGUUGUACGGCCACUCAGUCUCAAAACCGAUGUCAUCAAGAAGCGUAAUCGUAGCGGUGCAUCAGCAGCAGCCAAGAAUGCAGCAGCAGCAGCGGCGGCAGCAGCAGCCAACAAUAGCAAUGGUGACAAAGGAGGCAAUAGCAAUAACAGCAGCAGUAGCAGUAGCAGCAAGAUCAAGACGACUUCAUCCACAAGCAGUGGUAUUCAAGGCUCGAGUAUGGGUGUGAUUGGGAAACGAUCCAGUGGAACAGGCAUGAUCAGCAUUGCACCUAAUGCAGCAGCCAAGCUAUCUCUCCAACCAGUGACUUCGACUACAACCAACCCUACCUCUGCAGCAGCAGCAGCAGCAGCAGGCAUGGUUUCUACAAAUUCAUCCACCUCUACUACAAGUCGACCUAUUGUAUUUGCACAACCACGCGUAUCUACUGGUAAACGACAACGACGCCAUUCCAUGAGCAAUGAUGACAACAAGAAGGAUAAUUCAAUCAUCAUAUCAGCAUCAUCACCACCACCUCAACAAUCCAAUACAAGCGAUGGUUAUAGAUCAGCUGCUGCCAUGAUACUACCACAACAUCCAAGGAGUAUAUUACCUAACAACCAACGACCUCCUCAACAUCCACCUUCAGUCCCCACUGGUGUUGCUACGGCUGCUGCGGCGGCUACUGGAAGUGGAAGUGCACCCAACUUGUCAUGGAUGGGAAUGGUAGCAGCUGCUGCAGCUGAUGCUCAACAACACGAUACAACGACAUCGUCCUUUGCAUCAUUUUCUCCUGAACAGCUGCAACGACUCGUUCUUUUGCAGCAACAACAACAACAACAACAACAACGGACUGCCACACCUCCACCACCUCCACCACCUCCACAAUCUACAUCCUCUUCCUCCUCAUCUGCUAUUCCCAUAGAUGAUGUGAUGGAUCAUGAUCAUCCAGAUCAAUGGUCAUAA